UUGCAGAACACUCUCUCCGUCUCUAGUUUCUGAGUUAUGGCGACUGUGGAAGGUAAGAAGAAUCCGCGACCAGGCAAAGGAGGAUAUGAAGGACAUGGGUUAACUGAAGAAGAAGCAAGAGUUAAAGCAAUAACAGAAAUUGUAAAUGGAAUGAUUGAGAAAUCAAAAAGAGGUGAAAAUGUAGACCUAAAUUCAUUAAAAUCAGCAGCGUGUAGAAAAUAUGGAUUGUCAAGAGCACCAAAACUUGUUGAAAUGAUAGCAGCGUUACCAGAAUCAGAACGUGAAUCAUUAUUACCAAGAUUAAAAGCUAAACCAGUACGUACAGCUUCUGGUAUUGCUGUUGUUGCUGUUAUGUCUAAACCUCAUAGAUGUCCACAUAUUGCUACUACUGGGAAUAUUUGUGUUUAUUGUCCUGGUGGUCCUGAUUCUGAUUUUGAGUAUAGCACUCAGUCUUAUACUGGGUAUGAACCUACGAGUAUGAGAGCUAUUCGUGCCAGAUACAACCCAUAUGUUCAAGCUAGGGGUAGAAUUGAUCAGCUGAAGCGACUUGGCCACAGUGCUGAUAAGAUUGAAUUCAUCUUAAUGGGUGGUACUUUCAUGUCACUGCCAGCUGAUUACCGGGACUAUUUUAUAAGAAAUCUUCAUGAUGCACUAUCAGGACAAACUUCUGCUAAUGUGGAGGAGGCUGUCUCUUACUCUGAGCAUAGUGCAGUGAAGUGUAUCGGCAUGACUAUUGAAACGAGGCCAGAUUAUUGCCUUGGACCUCAUCUGCGACAAAUGCUUAUUUAUGGUUGUACACGACUCGAGAUAGGAGUUCAGAGCACCUAUGAGGAUGUCGCUCGUGAUACUAAUAGAGGUCACACUGUAGCCGCUGUAGCCGAUUGUUUUUGCUUAGCAAAAGAUGCUGGGUUUAAGGUUGUUGCUCAUAUGAUGCCUGAUCUUCCAAAUGUCGGUGUUGAAAGGGAUAUGGAAAGUUUCCGUGAAUUUUUUGAGAGCCCAUCUUUUAGAGCGGAUGGUCUUAAAAUAUACCCUACACUUGUAAUCCGUGGAACUGGACUUUAUGAACUUUGGAAAACGGGCAGGUAUAGGAAUUACCCACCAGAGAGACUCGUCGACAUAAUUGCAAGAAUCCUAUCAAUGGUACCUCCAUGGACACGUGUUUAUAGAGUUCAGAGAGACAUCCCUAUGCCUUUGGUCACUUCUGGAGUCGAGAAGGGAAACCUACGAGAGUUGGCUUUGGCUCGAAUGGAUGACCUGGGCCUGAAAUGCCGUGAUGUUAGAACACGGGAAGCUGGAAUUCAGGACAUUCACCACAAAAUAAGGCCAGAUGAAGUAGAGCUCGUUCGAAGGGAUUACACUGCUAACGGGGGUUGGGAAACCUUCCUUUCAUAUGAAGAUACCCGGCAGGACAUUCUUGUUGGGUUGCUGCGCUUGCGUAAAUGUGGUCAGAACGUUACAUGCCCAGAACUCACUGGGAGGUGUUCAGUUAUCCGUGAACUUCAUGUGUAUGGAACUGCAGUUCCAGUGCAUGGGCGGGAUUCAGAUAAGCUGCAGCACCAGGGUUAUGGGACUCUAUUGAUGGAAGAGGCUGAGCGAAUUGCUCGGAGGGAGCACAGAUCAACAAAAAUGGGAGUAAUUUCUGGUGUUGGAACCCGCCACUACUACAGAAAGUUGGGCUACGAACUUGAAGGUCCUUACAUGGUCAAAUAUCUCGUGAAAUAGCUUUAAUGUAUCUCAUGUAACAGCUUAAUAUGGUAGAGUAUAACAAUUUUGUAACCUUAAGAUUUUCAAAUCAGAGAAUGUUUUAAGAUAAGUUUUGUGAGAGUUUUGUGAGAAGGUACGAAUCAAAACUGUGUAAGUUCCUGUUGGAUUAUUAAUGAUUUUAACGUAAAACUGGGAUACAUAAAUGUAUACAGUAUUUCCACA